UUUUUUUUUUCCUUCUUUCUAUCUCUAUCACAUUUCUUCACCAGCUGAUUUGUUUGCCCGGAGAUUAUCUCUCCGUCGUAAUUAAGAUCUAUACAGAGAACACAAAGUUAAAGAAUCCUCAUGGAAGGAGUAAACUCUUCAAGCUCUAUAUCCGACCUAGACGACUUGGCUCGGUUACUUGACCGGCCUAGACUAAACAUUGAACGGAAAAGAUCGUUCGAUGAGAGGUCGUUCAGCGAAAUGGGAAUCUUCGACAACGUUAAUUCUCCCGGAGGAUGGGAAACUCCGGUAUCUUCGGCUAGAAACUCGUUUGAGCCACAUCCUAUGGUUGCAGAGGCUUGGGAUGCUUUGAGACGAUCAUUGGUUUACUUUCGUGGCCAACCGGUUGGUACUAUCGCUGCUUAUGACCAUGCUUCUGAAGAAGUCUUGAACUAUGAUCAGGUUUUCGUAAGAGACUUUGUUCCAAGUGCACUAGCUUUUCUCAUGAACGGAGAGCCAGACAUAGUUAAGAACUUUCUCCUCAAGACAAUUCAAAUCCAAGGAAGGGAAAAAAGAAUAGACCGGUUCAAGCUAGGCGAAGGCGCAAUGCCGGCUAGCUUCAAGGUCAUUCAUGACCCUAUCAAGAAAACCGACACUAUCAUCGCUGACUUUGGCGAGAGCGCGAUUGGAAGAGUGGCUCCGGUUGACUCAGGUUUCUGGUGGAUCAUUCUCCUCAGAGCCUAUACAAAAUCCACCGGAGACACUUCUCUAGCUGAAACACCUGAAUGUCAAAAGGGAAUGAGACUCAUUCUCUCUCUUUGUCUCUCCGAAGGUUUCGAUACUUUCCCUACAUUACUUUGCGCUGAUGGCUGCUCCAUGGUCGAUCGAAGAAUGGGGGUUUACGGGUACCCGAUAGAGAUCCAAGCUCUCUUCUUCAUGGCUCUUCGAUCCGCAAUGUCGAUGCUAAAACACGACGCGGAAGGUAAAGAGUUCAUGGAGAGGAUAGUGAAGCGGCUACACGCGCUUAGCUUCCACAUGAGAAGUUAUUUCUGGCUCGAUUUUCAACAGCUCAACGAUAUUUACCGUUACAAAACAGAGGAGUACUCGCACACAGCGGUCAACAAGUUCAACGUCAUCCCUGACUCGAUCCCUGAGUGGGUCUUCGAUUUCAUGCCUCUACGUGGCGGUUACUUCAUAGGGAACGUUAGUCCAGCUCGUAUGGAUUUCAGGUGGUUUGCUCUUGGCAACUGUGUAGCGAUCCUUGCUUCUUUAGCCACGCCUGAGCAGUCGGCUGCGAUCAUGGAUUUGAUAGAGGAACGGUGGGAGGAGUUGGUAGGAGAGAUGCCGGUUAAGAUUUGUCAUCCGGCGAUCGAGAGCCACGAGUGGCGGAUCGUUACCGGUUGUGACCCUAAGAAUACUCUUUGGAGUUAUCAUAACGGUGGUUCUUGGCCAGUGCUUUUGUGGCUAUUAACAGCUGCGUGCAUAAAGACGGGACGGCCACAAAUAGCAAGACGGGCCAUAGAUCUAGCCGAGGCACGGCUGUUGAAGGAUGGUUGGCCGGAGUAUUACGACGGGAAAUCGGGAAGGUUCAUCGGAAAACAGGCGAGGAAAUUUCAGACAUGGUCUAUCGCAGGUUACUUGGUCGCCAAGAUGUUGUUGGAAGAUCCUUCUCAUCUUGGAAUGAUCUCAUUGGAAGAAGACAAACAGACCAAACCUGUCAUUAAGAGAUCUUAUUCUUGGACUUGAUAAUUUGUUGUCAAUUCUUUUGAGAAAAUCAGGCUAAAAUUUGUUAGUUUCUAAAUUUUGUUUUACAAGUUAACGCAUCUUGUAUUAUUAUUGUUUUCCUUAGUGUGGAGUAGUGGGAUAGUUGAUAACCUCUUUGUAGACGAUUUUUUCUACCAUAUAUUUUAGCUUCGAUUAGUAACAAUCAAUAACCGCAUAAUAA